UUAUACAAUCAACGAUUCUGUUUUCCAGCAUGCUUUGAACACGCACCUACUCCGUAAUACAUGCAGUGUUAUCCUAUACCUCUGAGGCGGAAAAAUUAUGGAGGAAAAUAGAAGUACGGGUUUACAAUCACGUAUACCAACCCCUACAAAAUCGUUGUCGCCAGCGCGCAAUGGAAUAAAGGAAUUUAACUCUCAUAUCCCUCCUCCAUCCGUAAAAACCAACUUGUCUUCUCGUAUUCUAAAACCGAGAGCGUCCCUUUCUACUUUAAAUAAUGAAGCAAAUCUAAUAAAACCAACUAAAUUGCCUAGCAAGAUGGCUCCCCCGGCAAGUGCUGGCAGGACAUCUCUUCCGGCUAUGAAGACAAGGGUUCCCGCUUCUUCCGGAAGAUCGAAUGUCUCUAGGCCGAUGGGGAGCUCAAUGUAUAAGCGCUCGGUUUCAGCUUCUUCUCAUUUACAAAAACCUGCUAGUGUCCCACCAACUUCAAGAAGUAGCAUGGAUGAAACAAAAAGUUUUUCGGAUGAAAGCAUGACUACUUACUCUGACGAUAGAGCAGAACUUUCUUCCAGUGUGGAUAAUUCGACUGAAGCACGUCUUAGAAGCAUUGAGCUUGCUUAUGCCAAUCUUUCCGAGAAAGUUUUACAAACCUCUACUCAAUCCCCUGAUGUAAAAGAUUUUUUUAGCCAACGUACUCAGAUGCUUGAAGAGUCAUUACAAAACGAAAGAAAUCGGUCGUUAAGUUUACAAAAUGACUAUUCGACGCUUCUUCGUGAAGUAGCUGAACAUGAAGCAAAUCAAAUUUUUUCUAAGAAGCAAAUUGAAAAUUUGAAGGAAGCUUUAGAAGGUGCUGAGCGAGAGCAUCAUCGUCAAAUAGAAGAUAUGGAAGUGAAUCAUGCAAGGGUGCUUGAAAAUGAGUGCUACCUCUAUCAGCAAAAACAACAAGAACAAGAAUUGUUUUAUAGCGAGGAACAUAACAAUUUACAACUUCAAUCGAAACAACGAAUGGAGGAAAUCGAAAAUCACUACGAACAAUUAAUGAAAAAUGUCUCUGCUGAACAUGAAACGAUGGUAAAGAACGUCACGGAAGAAAAAGAUGCAUUUAUCAAAAAGGUACAGGAAGGUGCAUCGCUGGCUCUAAAGAAAACUACUGAGAAGCAUGAGGUUGCGAUAAAGGAGUUAGAAGCUAGGAUUAAACCUUUAGAAGAAAGCCGUGAUAAUUUAGCAUCUGAACUUGAACAAACGCAAAAUUCAUUGAAAUUACAGAAAGAGACAAGUACUUUCUUACAAGCAAAUCUUGAUGAAAGAAGUACAGCACUCUUAAAUUCUGAAUCGAGAUGUCGCUCACUGGAAAACACUGUCGUUGAAUUAGAACAAAAAAAUCAGAAUCUACAAAAUCGGCUAUCUGAAGUGGAAUCACUUCUUGACGCUAGUAAUAGCGAUAAGCAAACUUUAAUUAACAAACUUUUGAAAGAAGAAUCUAUGCGAAGAAAAUUACACAAUACUAUACAAGAAUUGAAGGGUAACAUACGAGUAUUUUGCCGUGUCCGACCAUGCAUGGGAGACGAAAAGCCAGCCGAAAUUAAUUACCCAGGCCAAGGAGAAGAAGCAAAUGAAAUAGAAGUGCUAACAGAAGGGACCGGCAGUUCUUUGACAGGCAAUUCCCUAAAAAAGUAUCCUUUCAAGUUCGAUCGCGUUUUUGCUCCUGAUAUCAAUAACGAAGAAAUUUUUGAGGAAAUCUCUCAAUUAAUACAAAGUGCCAUGGAUGGCUAUAAUGUUUGUAUCUUUGCCUAUGGACAAACGGGUUCUGGAAAAACUUAUACAAUGUCUUCUCCCACGGGUAUGAUUCCAUGUGCGGUGCAAAUGAUAUACAAUCGAGCCUUUGGACUUCGCGAACGUGGAUGGGAGUAUCGUAUGGAAGGGCAAUUUCUCGAAAUUUAUAAUGAGAGUAUAAAAGAUUUACUAGUGAGCAAUUCCAACGAUGAUAACGAUAAAAAGAAAUAUGAGAUUUACCAUGAUGCGAAAGAAGGAAAGACUUGGGUUACCAAUUUGGCUCGUGAGCCUUUAGAGAACUCUGAGCAAGUGAGUUGGCUCUUAGAACAGUCUGCAAAGAAUCGAUUCGUGGCAGCAACAAACGCCAACGAGCAUUCUUCCAGAUCACACUCCGUGUUUAUGCUUCACAUUCAAGGUAUUAACCAUCUCACCGGAGAAAGAUGCCAUAGUACUUUGAAUUUGAUAGACUUGGCUGGAUCCGAACGGUUAUCGCAUAGUCAAAGUACAGGAGACCGACUGAAAGAGACGCAAGCCAUUAACAAAAGCUUAAGUUGUUUGGGAGAUGUGAUUCAUGCUUUGGGCGGCGAGAAAGAAGGAACUUAUGUUCCGUAUCGAAAUUCCAAGCUGACAAAUCUGCUUCAACAUUCAUUAGGAGGAAAUAGCAAAACAUUGAUGUUUGUCAACGUAUCUCCAGUCCAACAACAUGUGUCGGAAACCCUAUGUAGUUUGCGGUUUGCUACAAAAGUUAACAAUACCCAUAUUGGAACUGCUAGGCGUGUGAUGAAAUAAAACAUAAACCCAUCUUUCUGGUUCCGACCUUUCUCUUUGUAAUUUAAUUUCUUUAUUUUCCUUUAUUUCGGUUUGUUUCUUUGCAAACUAUAAGAGCGAUAUGCAUUCUUAAGCAUUCUUUUCGGUUCAUUCGCGUCUUUUUUUUUUUUUUUUUCGACUUCUACUUUAUAUCCACUGUAGGAAGAUUCCCCAUUGUUAAUGAGUUAUUUAAUGAACUUUGUACUUUCUUUAUAGAUUUU